GAACCAAACAACUCAUCCAGGGAAGGAAAAAAAGAGAAGAAGGGAAAAAAGCAGAGAAAUUUGGAUUCUUUGAUUAAUUUCGCCAACACCCUUCUGCGUGAUUUGCAAUUCCUGCAAAAACCAGCAUAACUUGUGCAAUAGAAAAUCAAAGAGAAAAAGGCGGUGGGAGCUUUGCAUCAAAAUCUACAGUAUGAACCACCAGACUCAAGGGCCCAGUUCUUCUUCUCCAGCAGAGCCCCCAACAAAGCGAAGACGUGGUCGUCCUCGCAAGGAUGAGACUCUGGUUCAAGAGGAGAACAACAACAUACCUGCAAUGGCUGCAUUAGACAGUGCAAAGAAAACCAAGCAGAGUGUGAGUACAAGUAAUGCUCCUAAUGAUGACAUGGUAGGUCAGGUGGUUUCUGGUGUCAUUGAUGGUUUGUUUGAUGCUGGCUAUCUUCUUAACGUUAAGGUUGCUGAUACUGAUACUUUUCUGAGAGGUGUUGUAUUUCUACCUGGCCAAUUUACUCCAAUUACAGCUGCAAAUGAUGUGGCUCCACAUGCUAAGAUGUACCAUAGAAAAGAGAUUCCAAUCCCAUCUCUAAACCCUGAAAGCCAGCUCCACACUGCUGGUCCCCUGUUGGAGAAACCCGUUGAGUUUAAAAAUGAUUCAGCUAAGCUUUCAGGCCAAGUUCAACCAGCUGAGCUUCUUUCUGGCAUCUCAGUUGCUGCAGUUGCAGGUGAGAAGCAAUCUGCUGCUGUUAAGAUACUCCCUGCAAGGAACUUGCCAAUAAAUGACACAGGUCUUUCUCUGGGAGAGAAGGUGUUGGAACAAAAAAAUACACAAUCUGCAUUGGAGAAGGAUAAGGCUAUUGGAGAGGAUCAGGCAACAGGUUUUUCCCUGGGAGAAAAGGCCAUGGAACAAAAAACUGUAGAAUCAGCACUUGAAAAGGAUAAGGCUGUUGAACAGGAUCAGGUACCACCAGUAAUUGACACAGGUCUUUCCCUGGGAGAAAAGGUCUUGGAACAAAAAUCUAUGGAAUCAUCAUUGGAGAAGGAUAGGGCCGUUGGACAAGAUCAAGUAAUGCAAGGAUUUGACACAGGUCUUUUCUUGGGAGAAAAUGUUUUGGGACAAAAAAAAUUAGAAUCUUCAUUGGAGAAGGAUGUGAGUAUCAAACAGAAUCAGGUACUGCAAGGAUUUGAAACCUUCAAACUGGAAAAAGGACCUAAUAUAGAUGUGGAGUUACCUAAAGAAUUGGGGUUGCCAUCUAUUCCAUAUAAUGAUAACUUGCUGGGCAGUGAAGCCUUUAAUCAUCAGCCUCAAGUUGAGCGCCAGAGUCUCAGUUCUGACCUAAAUUCAGAUGUAAUAAGCUCAAACUUUGAGCUCAACCAAAUUCCUUUAUUUACUAAACCCGAAUCUGAGGUUUGUUCAUCAACUGGACUUGAUAUGUUAAUGGAGGAAAAGCAGUCUUCUCCAAGACAAGGCACAUUCCAAGAUACCCACCUGGAGCUUACUAAGAAGGUUUUAGGUGGAGCUGACACAUCCCAUAUCAAUGGAAUCCCUUUAACUGAUGCUGUCCCUACCAUUGAGGCUGGCACUUAUUCAGCGCCAGUGACUAGCCUACCGCUGAUGAUCUUUGGAGCAGAGCCAGAGCAUAUUCCUUCUGAUUCUUCUGAACCCAAGCCUGUUGCAAAUGACCCUACUCUUGCUAGGAUGGUUGAGCCCCAAGUUUUCAGUUCUCCCAUUGAUGUCAACACCAGUAGCAUGGACUGUAAUGUGAACGAUACCAUUCCACCUGCACAAUCUUAGUCUCUGUGGUAGUAAUGGAGCGAGAGACAGCAAAAGGAACCUUUGGCAGGUGAGUAUGACAAGCAAAGGCCCCAAGAAUAAGCAAUUUUUGUUGUGACUACUGAUUGUUGAGAGUUGAAGUUAAUCUUUAGAUGCUGUUUAUGUUCACUUAGUAUGAUUUCUAAUGGGAACUCUUGAAAUCUACUUCACCAUUUUCUCUUUGUUUCUGAUGUACUGUCAUGCAUGUGAGCCCUUAGCGUUUGAUGAGCAUAUCUCUGCCAUCUUUAUAUGUUAAUUUCCUUUGAGAAACCUGACAAUAUCUGUUCUGCU